AUGCGUGUUAACCGCAAAUUUAGAAUAAUAGCCCACAAGCUGUUGACUGCCCGGGUGGCUCAAGCAUUUAAUAGUCAAGAAUAUGCUUUAUCGCUUUUCAUUCCCUACAAGUUGCAGACAUGGAUUGAAGAUAACGAAGAACAAGAUACGCAUCAAUUAUCGGGCAACGAUUUUCGAUUUUUGUUCAUGGAGAAUGCUCCACGAUGCCAUUUCGCAAUAGCAAGUGAAAAAUUGCAUACAUGCGUAUUUUCGCCCAACAGAUCCGUAAAUGCUGUUCUCCAUCUCCUUCGUAUGGAUCAUCUUAAGCCUGACAAGCUCAGAAAAGUUGAUAUCAUGACAGAAGGCAAGUUGCAAAUUGCACCAGAAAUGUUGCUACAAGUAGAUCAAGCAGUAUCCAUUCGAAUAGGUGGUGAUGACGAAACUGAGAUCAUUGGAAAGUAUCUGGGGGCGAGCGAAGAUGGUUCACAUAAAGUCCAGAUUAAUAAAAUCAUUGCUGGGGUGGAGUUAAUGUUUCAGGAAGAAGAAGGCGUUGAAGUAUAUAACUUUGCGCGAGGUCAAGUCAUCGUAAGGCAUCAAGAGUAA